CAGGAUACAUCUUAAAGGGACUACCAUGGAAAGACUCUCAAAUGUGGAACGAGAGGCGGCUUACCAACGGUUGGACGCUCAAAUCUUUGCCCUGGAACGCCAGAUCCUGGAACUGAAAAGGAAAAGAAACGAACUGGCUUAUAUUUCACGGCUACCUCCAGAGCUUAUGGCUUCUAUCUUUAAGCAGUACCGACAUUCGACCACCGGAAUUCGAUGGAUCAAGGGGACUACUCAUGUUUGCCGGCUAUGGAGGCAGAUCGCAUUGGACUGCCCUCCUCUAUGGUCACACAUGGGGACUUCCAUGAAAAGCGACUGCUUGGAAGCGAUGCUCGACAGGUCUAAACAAUCUGCCCUUCGCAUUGAUGUCAGGGUCACUACCCGACUCCCCCCGGCGCCAGUUGUGGAAGCGCUGAAGCAACCAUCCCGGUUAAGAGAGGUUCGGCUUCAAGGCCCACCGAUUCUGCUGUCCAAAUUGGUAGCCCCGUGGUCUGGCCCUAUGCCAGCGUUGAAGAGCUUGCACGUCCGGGCUUCUGAUGAAGCUCAUUUUCCAAUCUUCCCAACUCAGUUCACGCGCGAUACUUUCCCUCGCCUGGGGAUUCUGGACGUGGUCGGGUGUGGACCAAUGUUCCGCUUUGACUCGUCGUUCGUUGGACUAACUCGACUCAGAAUCACGAGUGAGCUACCACCCGACGGGAGAAUCCUCGACGCCUUGUCUAACAUGACAGGCCUGGUCGAGCUGGACUUGGAGCUACCUUUCUCUGAGAUGGAUAUGACCUUCUCGAGUACAGUAUCGACGCCUGUCGCACUCAGCAGCCUCCAGACUCUGGUUCUCAAAGGCUCCUGCCGGGGAUGCGCCGAUCUGUUGGCCAAUCUCCGGCUACCAAUGCCUUUGGGGAUGACUAUUGACUGCGAGGGCGAUAAUGAACGGGCUGUGUCAAGCCUGUAUUCGGCCCUCGCCUCGUCGUGGUGGUCCAAUCCCGUCGUCCGAUCCAUCCACCCAAAGCCCCGACCAAUGCGACUCUUUGAUCGUCUGAGUGUACUGGGUGAUUAUCCGACAGAAAUCGAGCUCUCGGGAUCAUCUCAUUGCACUCGGAAUUUCUUCGACUUCACAUUCAGCCUCUCCCCUGGCCAGCAGCCCUCCACCCUCUCCAGGCUCGUCCGUCGCAUCAUGUCCAUUCUGGACUUUGUUGGACCUCGAACACUGGAGAUGCGGGGUGAGAUAGGCCCCGACCUUGAAAACUACAGGUAUUUCCUGACUCGCCGCCAUGCCACAUCCCUCGAGUCGGUUACCACCGAUGAUCCUUUCGCCCGCUAUUUUAUCACCUACCUCAAGACCGACCCGACCUUACGAUCUCCGUACGGAGACGCUCAAGGCGAUCAGCAACUAUACCUUCCCAACCUCAAGACGCUAAGAUUCGACAAUGUCUGGUUUGACGACGACUACCCGCCUCUUCGGGCGGAGUCCUUGAUCGAUCUUCUUGAAAGAAGGCUGGGUGUGGGUGGAAAGAGAUUGGAUGUUUUGGGUUUCAGGUAUUGUCAUGCCAUGCAGGUGAGCGAAGUGGAGGCGCUGAGGGGUAUGGUGGAGGAAGUGGAAUGGUUCGGACCGGCACCAGACUCGGAUGACGAAGAUUAG